AUGAAAAGAAAGAUGUUCGUCGCAGUAAAUACAGAGGGUUCAUUGAAAGUAAAGCGACAUGAUGUUGUUUUUACUCGACCUGAAGAUAAUGAACCAGAAGAUGAAGUAGAUGUGGUAGGUUGCUGCCAUGUUACAAUAGAAGAGACAUCUGAGCAUGAUAUAUUUGAAGAGGAUGCCGAAGCGGCUCCGUUAUCGCUUGAGGAUGGGGGUCAAUCAACGAUUGACGAGUUAAAAGAAGUCAAUCUUGGUACGAAAGAAGAACCUCGUCCAACCUUCAUAAGCAUCCAACUUUCUGACAAUAAUGAAAAUGAGUAUGUAAACUUACUCAAAGUAUAUAAAGAUGUCUUUGCAUGGUCAUAUAAGGAAAUGCCUGGACUCGAUCUAAAGGAAGAGGUAAAUAAGCUCAUUGAGGCUGGAUUUAUUCGUGAAGUCAAGUACCCAACAUGGAUAGCUAAUAUUGUUCCCGUAAGGAAGAAGAAUGACCAACUACGUGUCUGUGUCGAUUUUCGCGACCUAAAUAACGCAUGCCCAAAAGAUGACUUUCCUUUGCCUAUCAUGGAAAUCAUGAUAGAUGCAACUGUAGGGCAUGAAGCUUUAUCUUUCAUGGAUGGGUUGUCAGGAUAUAAUCAGAUUAGAAUGGCUCUAGAUGACGAGGAGAAAACAGCAUUUCGAACUCCAAAAGUCAAGUCCAAGAAGAAAUGCGAUCACUUGAAAGACUUGAAGCUGGUACUUGAUCGCCUCAGAAAAUAUCAACUAAGAAUGAACCCUCUCAAGUGUGCAUUUGGUGUAACUUCAGGGAAGUUUUUGGGAUUUAUAGUGAGACAUCGCGGCAUCGAAGUUGAUCACUCAAAAGUUGAUGCUAUCCAGAAGAUGCCAAGUCCGAAGAACCUACACGAAUUGAGACGAUUGCAAGGUCGUUUAGCUUACAUUAGAAGCAUAAAGAAGUAUCUGCUCAACUCUCCGGUCUUAAGUGCGCCUGCAAUUGGAAAACCAUUAAUAUUGUAUAUUGCGGCUCAAGAGACUUUGCUCGGGGCAUUACUUGCACAAGAAAAUGAUAAGGGUAAGGAAUGUGCACUCUACUAUCUAAGUAGAACUCUGACAGGAGCUGAAUUAAAUUAUUCUCCAAUUGAAAAAAUGUGUCUCGCCCUUUUCUUUGCAAUAGAUAAACUGAGACAUUAUAUGCAAGCCUUCAGUAUACACUUGGUGGCAAAAGCUGAUCCUGUCAAAUAUAUCUUAUCAAGGCCAGUCAUCUCGGGACGCCUCGCGAAGUGGGCUAUUAUACUUCAACAAUAUGAUAUUGUAUAUAUCCCCCAAAAAGCAGUGAAGGGCCAAGCAUUGGCAGAUUUCCUAGCUGAUCAUCCAGUUCCAUCAAAUUGGAAGUUAUGUGACGACUUACCUGAUGAGGAAGUAUUGUUUGUUGAAAGCAUGGAGCCUUGGAUCAUGUUCUUUGAUGGUGCGACACGAAUAAGUGGAGCUGGUGUUGGCAUUGUCUUCAUUUCUCUUGAGAAACAUAUGUUGCCAUAUAGCUUCACACUCGGUGAAUUAUGUUCAAAUAAUGUUGCCGAGUACCAAGCCUUUAUUAUCGGCCUCCAAAUGGCUUCAGAAUUUGGGAUAAAGUGCAUAGAAAUAUUCGGUGAUUUGAAGUUAAUCAUUAAUCAGCUCUCUUAUCAGUACGAGAAAGUUGAUGCACUUGCAAAUUUGGCCACUGCUUUAACAGUCUCGGAAGAUAUACCAAUAAACAUUUCCCUUUGCCAAAAAUGGAUUGUGCCUUCAAUUGAAAGUCAAUAUGAAGAAGCUGGUGUGAUAUCUGUAUAUGCAAUUGAUGAAGAAGAUUGGCGCCAACCCAUUAUAGACUAUUUGGAGCAUGGAAAACUCCCCACCGAUCCUCGACAUAGAGCUGAAAUACGUAGAAGAGCUGCGCGAUUUAUUUAUUACAAAGACACACUUUACACACGCUCAUAUGAGGGACUUCUGCUGCGAUGCCUAGGAAAAGAGGAAUCGACAAAGGCCUUAGAGGAAGCUCAUUCAGGUAUUUGUGGUGUCACCAGUCUGCCACCAGAGCCGCUCCAUCCGACAAUAGCUUCAUGGCCUUUUGAAGCUUGGGGACUCGACCUGGUUAGACCUAUCACGCCUAAAUCAUCGGUCGAUCAUUCUUACAUUCUUGCAGGAACUGAUUAUUUUUCCAAAUGGGCUGAAGUCGUGCCAUUAAGAGAAGCAAAGAAGGAAAACAUUUACAAGUCUUCUAUGUACAAUGCUGCAACAAAUGAAUUGGCAGAAGCAUUCAACAAAACUUUGUGCAGUCUACUAAAAAAUGUGGUCUCCAAGAAAAAAAGAGAUUGGCAAGAAAAGAUUGGGGAAGCAUUGUGGGCCUACAGAACUACCCAUCGUACUCCUACAUGUGUUACACCUUAUUCCUUAGUUUAUGGCGUUGAAGCAGUACUCCCACUAGAAAGAGAAAUUCCUUCCUUAAGAAUGGCUAUUCAAGAAGGGCUAACUACUAAAGACAAUGCUAGAUUACGCCUUCAAGAGUUGGAAGCACUUGACGAAAAGAGACUGGAAGCUCAACAAGCACUCAAAUGUUAUCAAGCACGAAUGUCAAAAGCCUUUGACAAACAGGUAAGGCCCCGAUCAUUUCAAGUUGGUGAUUUAGUGCUCGCAGUAAGAAGACCUAUUAUCACGACAAGGCAUACGGGAAAUAAGUUCACGCCUAAAUGGGACGGACCCUACAUUGCCAAAGAAGUUUUUACGAAUGGAGCAUACAAAAUCAUCGAUCAAGAUGGAUUGCGAAUUGGCCCAAUCAAUGGCAAAUUUCUCAAGAAGUUUUACACCUAA